AUGGCGGACCAGAUGGCUUUUCUACUCUUCGGGGACCACGUCCUAUCGAAAGAAUUCCUCCGAUUAGCCGGCGAUGCUCUAAGGGAUGAGGUGGACCGUCUACCCCGGGAGGGCCGCCGACGGAUCCCGGUGUUCAGAACGCUACAGCAACUCAACGAAAGAUACCGCCAGCAGAGGUUGAAGUUCCCCGGCAUAGACUCUGCUUUACUAUGCAUAGCCCAACUGGCGCACUACAUCGAGUAUGGCAACUAUCGCUCUGAAAAAGAGCACGAGGAUGUAACCGACCACAGAAACACCAAACUCUCCGGGCUCUGCACGGGGCUGUUUGCGGCAACCGCUAUUGCGUCGAGCUAUUCGCUUUCAACGCUCCUCCCAAUUGCUGUUCAAGUCGUCCUAUUGGCAUUCAGGACAGGAUCCCAUGUAGCGUCGCUAGCAGAGAGGAUUAGCCCUUCUACGGAAGAGUCAGAAAGCUGGACUUAUGUGUUGCCUGGCGCCAAAGAAGCGGAGGCAACGUCCAUCCUCGCAGAAUUUCAUAGAUCGGAGGGAAUCUCUCAAGCUGCGCAAGCCUAUGUUAGCGCCGUAUCCGCGAAUAACAUCGCGGUAUCUGGCCCGCCAGAAACUUUGAGGUCUUUGUUCAGCAAAGAUUUGUUUGAGUCGAGGCCAACAGCUAUACCAGUUUAUGGCCCAUACCAUGCGAAGCAUUUGCAUGGGCUAGUAAAUAUCAAAGAGAUGCUUCGACUCGAUGAUGAAGCUGUCACUACAGCACUCGCUGGAUCAAAACCCCGAAGCGUUGUUAUGUCUACCGUGACUGGGGAGCCAUUCCCUGAAACAGAUACCAAAGCUCUUCUCAUAGCCGUGGUUUACGAGAUAUUGAACGAACCGUUACUAUUCCACAAGGCGUUGAGCGGAAACGCCAAUGAGGCCCGGGGGUUUAAGGGAUCGCGAAUUCUGGUUAUUCCAUAUGGUCCGACUCAAGCUGCAAGCACGCUAGCCAAUGUCCUGAGGUCGCAGACGAAGUCUGAGGUCGUGCUUCGACCGCCUCCUCAAGUUUCUCGCGAGACUACGGUGGCCUCAAUUGGUAACCACGGAUCUACGGGCAACUGUAAAUUAGCGAUCGUCGGUAUGGCCGGUCGCUUCCCAGACUCGGCCAGUCAUGAAGCCUUAUGGGAGCUCCUGGAGAAGGGUAUAGAUGCCCAUCGUGUCGUCCCAGCUGAUCGGUUCCCGGUCGAAACUCAUUAUGACCCUACCGGAAAAGCAAUAAAUACUAGUCACACCCCUUACGGGAACUGGAUUGAAAACCCGGGUUUCUUUGACCCGCGGUUUUUCAACAUGUCGCCUCGGGAGGCUCUGCAAACGGACCCAAUGCAGCGCAUGGCCCUGACAACUGCAUAUGAGGCCCUCGAGAUGUCUGGCUACGUGCCGAACCGGACGCCUUCUACGAGAUUAGACCGUAUUGGAACCUUCUAUGGUCAAACGUCAGAUGAUUGGCGUGAGAUCAAUGCCGCCCAGGAAGUCGAUACAUACUAUAUCACAGGCGGUGUCCGUGCUUUUGGGCCUGGUAGGAUCAACUACCAUUUCGGCUUUAGUGGUCCUAGUUUGAACAUCGACACGGCGUGUUCAUCUAGUGCUGCCGCACUCCAAGUCGCUUGCACUUCCUUAAGAGCCCGGGAAUGCGACACUGCUAUCGUUGGUGGUCUCUCCUGCAUGACAAACUCUGAUAUUUUCUCUGGUCUCUCCCGAGGACAGUUCUUAAGCAAGGAACACAAUUGCAACACAUUCGACAACGAUGCCGAUGGGUAUUGUCGAGCCGACGGUUGUGCGUCGGUAAUCGUCAAGCGACUUGACGAUGCGUUGGCGGAUAAAGACAAUAUCCUUGCUUCUAUCCUAUCCUCGUCUAUUCUAGACGAAGCUGGCGUGGAUCCGCUUGAUGUUGACUACGUUGAAAUGCACGGCACCGGAACUCAGGCUGGCGAUGGCACAGAAAUGGUAUCUGUCACGGAUGUUUUUGCUCCCGCUAACCGACACAGAAGUGUGGAUAGGCCUCUAUAUCUCGGUGCCGUGAAAGCCAAUAUCGGCCACGGUGAAGCUGCCUCCGGAGUCACCGCGCUCAUCAAGGUAUUGAUGAUGCUAAAAAAGAAUGCGAUCCCGCCUCAUAUCGGGAUCAAGAAGGAGAUCAACAAGACUUUCCCACCAGACCUUGGCGAACGCGGUGUAAAUAUCGCUUUCCACAAGACACCCUUCGUAAGGAAGGAUGGAAAACCCAGGCGUGUCUUUGUUAACAACUUCAGCGCAGCCGGUGGCAACACUGGUCUAUUGCUCGAGGACGGACCCCGCUACAAGACGGCUACCGUAGACCCUCGUACUCACCAUGUAAUCACCGUCACUGCAAAGUCGAAGUCCGCUAUGAUCCGAAACGCCGAAAACCUGGUUCAAUGGAUGGAGGAGAACCCCUCUACUUCUGUCUCGCACGUAGCUUAUACUACGACUGCUCGCAAGAUCCAGCACUACUGGCGCAUGAAUGUAACUGCCACUAGUUUGGUCGAGGCCCAAGAAGCGAUCAAGGAGCGCCUCAAGUACAACUUCGUACCUGUUCUCACUACGCUGGCCUCGGAAGGGAUCUCUAUUCACAUUACUCACAUCUCCAUCUUCCGCCGAGCUAUCAACGAAUACGACCAACUCGCUCGCAUCCAUGGCUUCCCAUCAUUCCUCCCUCUUAUAGAUGGUAGCGAGUCUGAGAUUCAAAAGCUAUCCCCUGUUGUCGUCCAACUCGGCCUGGCUUCUUUCGAGAUGGCCUUGGCUAAGCUUUGGGCUUCCUGGGAUAUUCACCCUAGUGCUGUCCUCGGCCACAGUUUGGGAGAAUACGCCGCCCUCCACGUUGCAGGUGUUUUGUCCGCCAGUGAUACUAUUUAUCUUGUUGGUGCUCGCGCUCAACUACUUGUUGAAAAAUGCACAGCAGGUACUCACGCAAUGUUGGCUGUCCAAGGCUCCGUCGAAACUGUUACGGAGGCACUUGGUGACCGUGCAUCAUCGACUAACAUUGCUUGUAUUAAUGGUCCUAGGGAAACUGUCCUUAGCGGAACGUCUUCGGAGGUGGCCGAGAUCGCUGAACAGCUUGGUGGCGCCGGCUUCAAGUGCACACAGCUCAAGGUACCCUUUGCCUUCCAUUCGGCUCAAGUGGAGCCGAUUUUGGAUGACUUUGAGAAGUUGGCACGUUCGGUUCAUUUCGAACAACCCAAAAUUCCAGUCAUUUCCCCUCUGCACGGAAAGCUCCUCGAUGGUGAGCCUAUUAACCCAGCUUACCUUCGUGACCAUGCUCGGGAGGCUGUUAACUUCCUCGGCGGCCUUGUCUCUGCUCAACAAUCGGGUGUUAUCGAUGAGAAGACCGUUUGGAUUGAGGUCGGCCCGCAUCCCGUCUGUGCUAAUAUGGUUAAGGCUGCAUUUGGUGCAAGCACAAUUGCUGUGCCAUCAUUGCGUCGCAAUGAAGCGACCUACAAGACUCUGAGCUCCACCUUAACUACACUUCACUCAGCAGGUUUAAACAUUGACUGGAAUGAAUAUCACAGAGAUUUCGAUAAUUCAGUUCGCCUACUUGACCUGCCAGCCUAUUCCUUCGACCUAAAGAACUACUGGCUCCAGUAUACUGGCGAUUGGUCUCUCACAAAGAACCGAGGUGCCUUGGCUGCUCCUAAGGCCAUUGAGCCCAGCAAGCCGAAGCUAUCGACAACUACCGUCCAGAAGAUCACUAAGGAGGAAGUUAACGGCGAUAUUGCUAUCCUCGAGACCGAAUCGGACUUGGUGGAGAAGAACAUGCGAAAGAUCUGUGAGGGCCAUCGUGUUAAUGGUACUACCCUUACGCCAUCAACUCUUUAUGGAGAUAUGGCUAUGACUAUUUGCGAGUACGGCUACAAGCUUCUACGACCUGACACUAAGGAUAUUGGUAUGAAUGUCGCCAACAUGGAAGUGCCCAAGACUCUCAUCUUCAAUGGCAAGUUAGACAGCCAAAUUUUGCGCAUGCAUGUUAAGAUUAACGCGGCCGAGAAUGUGGCGGAUAUCUCAUUUACAACUGGCGAGGGCGCUCAAAAGACUGAGCAUGCUGUCUGCAAAGUUUUCUUCGGUGACAACCAACAAUGGCUGGAUGAGUUCGAGCGUGUUAGCUAUUUGAUCAAGGCACGUAUCGACGGACUCAAGGCUGCUGAGCAGCGUGGUGAUGCCUCGAAGGUCGGUCGUGGUAUUGCUUACAAACUAUUCUCAGCCCUAGUCGACUACGACCAGCAAUACCGAGGCAUGGAAUCCGUUAUCUUAGAUAGCGAGACUUGCGAGGCGACUGCUAAAAUUGUUUUCCAAGCAGGCCCCGAAUAUGGAACUUUCCACACUGCGCCGUACUGGAUUGACUCUGUCUGCCACAUUUCUGGCUUUAUUGUCAACGGUACUGAUGCUGUUGACUCCCGGGAGCAGGUGUACAUUUCUCACGGUUGGGGUAGCAUACGCUUUGCUGAGCGUCUAGAUGGCUCGAAGACAUACCAGAGCUAUAUACGCAUGCAAAACGUUAAGGGUACGAAGAUGAUGGCUGGUGAUGCUUACAUAUUCGAUGGCGACAAGCUCAUCGGUGUCGGCGGUGACAUCCGCUUCCAGGCUAUUCCCCGCAAGGUUCUCAACCUUGUCCUGCCUCCCCAAGGCGCUGCCGCUGCCGCUUCUUCCCGCGCAGCACCCGCUCCCAAGCCUGCGGCUACUAAGGCUCCUGUCAAGGAGAAGAAGCAGGUUACUACUUCUAACUUACCAGCCGUGAACAAAAAGCUCGCUCAGACCUCCGUUACGUCUCAAGUCCUUGAUAUUAUCUCUAAGGAGACUGGUGUUGGUCACGAUGAGCUGGCAGACAAUAUCGCUUUCUCUGACCUUGGUGUUGACUCGUUGAUGGGCCUCACUAUCAGUGGCCGACUCCGUGAGGAUCUUGAAUUGAACAUUGAUUCACAUGCCUUCAAUGACCAUAGCACUAUUGGUGCUUUUAAGAAGUUCCUAUCCCAGUUCGAAUCUUCCACCGCCAUUGUUGUCCCCGAGUCGAGCGGCUCAAGCGGUACCUCCGACAGCGACGAUGACAUCGAGUCGGACUCUGAAGUCACUACUCCCGGCGAGAGUGACAAGGGCUCAGUAAAGGGUGAGACUACAUCUGGUGGUUCUGGAAAUAACAGUGAGCUUCAGCAGAUCGUGCGGGAGACCAUCUGUGCCGAGAUGGGUGUUGAAGUCGAAGAGAUUGUCGCUGCUCCUGACUUGGCUGCGCUUGGUAUGGACUCCCUUAUGAGCUUGUCUAUCUUGGGUAUACUUCGUGAGAAGACCGGCCUUAGCAUUCCGGCUGACCUCCUGGGCCACAAUCCUUCUCUAAAGGAUAUCGAGCGAACACUUGGAAUUGAGGACAAGCCCAAGCGUGCUGCACCUGCCCCAAAGCCUGCUGCACCGAAAGCUGCUAAGGUCAAGGCAGAGUCUAAGGCUGUAACCAAAGCUGACACUGCGGUAACAAAGUCUGUAUUAGUCAAUGAUGCUUACCCUCACCGAAAGGCCACAUCCGUCUUACUUCAAGGCAACCACCGAACAGCUGCCCGGCAGUUGUUCAUUAUUCCCGACGGCAGUGGUAGCGCCACAUCCUACACAGAAAUAUCGGAGCUUGGUCAAGAUGUCGCUGUUUGGGGUAUGUUUUCACCCUUCAUGAGGACUCCUGAGGAGUAUAAGUGCGGAGUGUACGGGAUGGCGACCAAGUUCAUCGAGGAGAUGAAGCGUCGCCAACCACAGGGACCUUACGCUGUUGCUGGUUGGUCUGCUGGCGGUGUGAUUGCCUACGAGAUUGUGAACCAGUUGACCAAGGCUAACGACGAACCUCUGCCUGCUGGUCUACAUGCGUGGUUCGCCUCAAUUGGUCUCCUUGGUGAAGGCGAUGACACGGAAACUAAGAAGAUUCCCGAGUGGCUUUUACCACAUUUCGCUGCCUCCGUCACUGCUUUGUCCAACUACACGGCAGAGCCUAUUCCUAAGGAGAAGUGCCCCAAGGUAACAGCUAUUUGGUGCGAGGACGGCGUCUGCCAUCUCCCUACCGACCCGCGUCCAGAUCCGUAUCCCACCGGCCACGCUCUCUUCCUACUUGACAACCGAACAGACUUCGGUCCUAACCGGUGGGAUGAGUACCUCGACAUCGAGAAAACUAAGUUCUAUCACAUGCCCGGGAACCACUUCUCGAUGAUGCACGGCGACCUUGCGAAGCAGCUCGGCGGUUUCAUGAAGGAAGGCAUCCACCGCUAG